UUCUCAGUUCUCACUCAGUUUUCCAUUUCAUUUUCCCCUCAGAAAGCCCCCCUCUCUCUCCCCCGCGAACACACCGGCACCGGCGCCCGUCCCCCUCUCCGGCGAACACGACCGUCGCUAUUUCUCCGGCGGACGUUGAAUCAGAGUUCCCAGAGCAUGUUUGGUUCUGCAUCGUGUGGAAAGGAAGGCCCUACAGGCAAUGCAAUUAUGGGACACAUGGAACACAAUUCUGGCAACCUCCCAUUUUGGCAAAGUACCAAGGAAUGGGCCAUCUAUGUUCUUCUGGAGCUUUCUUUCCACUCUCCUCUGCUCUAUGCAAACAACAUUUCAUAGGGGGCUGGUAUCGUAGGUUUAUUAUGGCCUGUCCGUGAAUGUGCCAGAAUGCUGGAACAAGGCAUUCCCAUUCCACUUUCAAGUAUUGAGAACCAGAUGACCUCAUAGAGUCUGUAGAAUCUGCCAACUACACAAUUGCAUCAACUUACUGUCAGCCUUUAGAUGUGAAUGACGUGUGGUUGUUUUGUUUAAAGCAAGAAAGGAGAAUCUUUUGUUUUUAUGGAUGUUCAUAUUUUUCUGAAGAAGAAGCUCAUCUAAUGCACUUUUGGGUAAGACCAGAGACGUCUUACUCAAAUAGCCUUUUUCAAUAUGGAUCAUAACUAGAGGAAAAGAAGAUCUCAAGCGAAAUGCAGCCAAUGGGAAAUGAAAGACCAGGGGCUCCAAAUUAUGGUAGUAGGCCUCCCUUCCCCAUUGGAGCCCCCCCUCAAACUACCAUUCCUUCUCAAUCGCCUGGACCUGGACCUGUGCAUGCAUCUGACCCAUCUUUCAUUAGACCUGUAGCUCCUCCUUGGUUUGGUGGACCCCCAUCUAUGGUACCACCCACAUCAUCAUACCCCUCGUAUGUGGGACAGAACCAGCGUUUCCCUUCCCCACCAUAUCCUUCAAGUGCUCAAACCAUCAAUCCCUCUGGCCUGCCUGCUGCUGGUCAAGUAACACCUCCUCCUGUUACACAUUUUGGAGUUAAUCAAGCUGCAGUCUCUCAUCCUCCAAUGCAACAGGUUUUGACUCCUCCUCCUCCUGCUGCUCUUCGUCCCCAGGUUCAGACUGCUCCAGUUCCAAUGGGUCCUCCCCCAGUAGGAGCAAACUUCAUGCAGCCAAGAGAACCCGCUCCUUCAUCAUUUGAACCGGCAUUUCCUGUAUCAAGACCUGUGUCACAACCACCCAUGCAACAAUAUCCUUUUCGUGCACCUCAAGCUGGUUAUGUUCCUCCUCCACCUAUGGUUAAUUCUUUAGGUCAGAGUCCUAAGGAUUCAAUCCAAGGAGGGUUUCAGGCACUGGUUGAAGAAUUUUUAUCACUAUCUGUAGCCCCUACACCUGGUUCAAUGGACUCUGGAAUUGAUUCCAAAUCAUUGCCAAGGCCAUUUGAUGGUGAUGCGGUACCGAGUUCUUUUAGUGAGAUGUACCCAUUAAACUGCCAUUCAAGAUAUUUGCGCUUAACAACUAGUGUGAUUCCAAACUCUCAAUCAUUGCUGUCAAGGUGGCAUUUGCCUCUAGGAGCUGUGGUUCAUCCUCUUGCAGAACCUCCUGAUGGGGAAGAAGUGCCAGUCAUUAACUUCGGACCUACAGGAAUCAUCCGUUGUAGAAGAUGCCGAACCUAUAUUAAUCCAUAUGUUACUUUUACAGAUGGAGGCAGAAAGUGGAGAUGCAAUAUAUGUGCAUUGUUCAACGAUGUUCCUGGUGAUUAUUUUGCACAUUUGGAUGCAAAUGGUAGACGCUCUGACAUCGAUCAACGACCUGAACUCUCAAAGGGUAGUGUAGAAUUUGUUGCUCCUACCGAAUAUAUGGUCCGGCCUCCGAUGCCACCACUUUACUUUUUCCUUAUUGAUGUAUCAUUGACAGCUGUCAGAAGUGGCAUGCUUGAGAUCGCCGCCAACACUAUCAAGGCCUGUUUGAACAAUCUGCCUGGAUUCCCGAGGACACAGAUUGGCUUCAUAACAUUUGACAGCACUCUACAUUUCUAUAACAUGAAGUCAACUUUGAUGCAGCCUCAACUGAUGGUUGUGGCAGAUCUUGAUGACAUUUUCCUACCUUUGCCUGAUGACCUUCUUGUCAACUUAUCGGAGUCAAGAGCAGUAGUGGAUGCUUUUCUGGAUAGUCUGCCAUCCAUGUUCCAAGGCACUGCAAAUGUUGAAUCUGCCUUUGGACCUGCUGUUAAGGCUGCGCAGAUGGUUAUGAGCCAACUUGGAGGAAAGUUGCUCAUCUUUCAGAGUUCGUUGCCUUCACUUGGGAUAGGUCGUCUAAAGCUACGUGGUGAUGAUAUGCGUAUCUAUGGAACUGAUAAGGAACAUACUGUACGAAUACCAGAGGAUCCAUUUUAUAAGCAAAUGGCUGCAGAGCUUGUCAAGUUUCAGAUUGCAGUGAAUCUAUAUCUUUUCAAUGACAAAUAUGGUGAUAUAGCUUCUUUAGGAGCACUUGCAAAGUACACAGGAGGCCAGGUUAAUUAUUAUCCUUCUUUUCAGGGAAAUAUUCACAAAGAAAAGUUCAAACAUGAGCUAAUGAGGGACCUUACUAGAGAGACUGCAUGGGAAGCUGUUAUGCGUGUCAGGUGUGGAAAAGGAGUGCGAUUUACUACUUAUCAUGGCCAUUUUAUGCUGAGGUCAUCCGACUUGAUGGCACUUCCAGCAGUAGAUUGUGAUAAAGCCUUCGCAAUGCAACUUGCACUCGAGGAGACAUUACUGACCACCCAGACUGUAUAUUUUCAAGUUGCUCUUUUGUAUACAUCCUCAUCUGGUGAACGACGAAUACGAGUUCAUACAGCAGCAGCACCUGUGGUAGCUGAUCUUGGGGAGAUGUACCGCCAUGCUGAUACUGGAGCUAUUGUUACAUUAUUGAGUCGAAUGGCUGUUGAGAAAACCUUGACAAGUAAGCUGGAAGAUGCUCGCCAAACCGUUCAACUAAAGAUAGUUAAAAGCCUAAAGGAAUAUCGAAAUCUAUAUGCUGUUCAGCACCGGUUGACUGGCAGAUUGAUAUAUCCAGAUUCUUUGAAAUAUUUGCCUCUGUAUGCAUUGGCUUUGUGUAAAUCCAUACCUCUACGUGGUGGGUAUGCUGAUGCUCAGCUUGAUGAGCGUUGUGCAGCUGGUUACAACUUGAUGGUCGUGCCCAUUAGUAGGUUACUGAAGCUUCUCUAUCCUAGUUUGUUCCGGAUCGAUGACUAUCUUUUGAAGGGACCUGAUACAGUUGAUGAUUAUGCCAAAGUUCUGCAACGGGUGCCUUUGACAGCAGAUUCAUUGGAUCCAAGAGGCCUCUUUCUUUAUGAUGAUGGAUUCCGAUUCAUAAUUUGGUUCGGCAAAGUGCUAUCUUCUGAUAUAAUUGCAAAUAUAAUAGGAGCAGAUGCGAUGGGUUUUGGCUCAUUUUCUGAGAUUAAUCUUACUGAGCAGAACAACCAGUUUUCAAGAAAGCUAUUUUUAAUGUUAAAGAAAAUGAGGGAGAAUGACCCUUCAUUUUACCAACAUUGUCAUAUAGUUAGACAAGGGGAGCAACCCAGAGAGGGUUCGCUGUUGCUUCUCAAUCUUGUUGAGGACCAAAUUGGUGGAACAAGUGGCUAUGUUGAUUGGAUUGUUCAGAUUCAUCGUCAGGUCCAACAGGGCCCGUGAGUGCAAGUGAAGCCAGAAGUUGAUUGAUUGAUUGUUGAUCUUCCUGAUGAAGUACGUGUGCUGGAUUUUAUUUGUUUGUCUACCGUGAGGUGUAGGCAAUGACGAUGAAGUCGGUCAGGGAUUUCUGGAGGUUGGUUAUGGUAACCCAUUUAUUAGUUUGCUGUUGUUUGGGGACUUUCCUUUUAUCAACUGUCAUUUGUAAUCUAUUAGCUUGGUCAGCUGCUCUUUUUGGUCUCUUAAAUUUUUGAUUUGUAAGAAAUGUUAAUAAGGUAGAGGCUCUCACAGUGCUGCUCUUAAAUUUCUUUGAGUGUUGAGGCAAAACUUAUUUAUGAUGGUAAAAUUCUUUCGGAUAGAGAUUUUUCA